GGUUUUGCUGCAGUCGAGCAAUGCUUUCUCAAUCUAUCUAUGUCUACCACAUUCCCUGUUUCCCAAUUGAUCAACUUGUUCUUGAAAAGUCGCGGACGCACCAUGAAUGGUACUAACUAUUGGAACUUGUAUGCCAACUACUUCAAAGAGCAUAUCCAGACAGAACUUGCACGCAUUGGCAGGGAGGCCCCAGCUGGAGGCGGCACACCUAGUGCAACUGUGCGCACUCAAUGUUACGACAAAUUCAAAGAGGCCUAUCCCGAUUCUUACCAAGACCUCCUGUCAAUGCAUGAGGAGGCAGCGCUCCUUGGAUCAUCUACUCAAACAAUAGCUCAGCGCGGACAGGGAUUCCAGAAACAUUAUCGAAGGGUAAUACAGAUU